AUGCCGUAUCUUGUACGCGAGAAUCUUUUCAUCGGAAACAUAAGCGACGCGGCGGAGGUUCUGCAGAACGGAAGUACGGAAAUAACGCAUGUUUUAUCGGUUUUAAGUUCCGUGUCGAUAUCGUUCUUUACGGAAUGGAGAAGCGGUGUGAUAAUUCCGGCGAAGGAGAUAAAGAAAGUGUUUGUCGGCGAUGGUGAUGAUGAGUGGAGGAGUUGUUUGACGGUGAAUAAGGUUUUGUAUGGGUUAGAGUAUGCAGGGAAGGAUUUGAAGCUGGUGAGAAUGGCGGUGCCGAUUAGGGAUAUGGAGAGUGAGGAUUUGUUGGAUUAUUUGGAUGUGUGUUUGGAUUUUAUUGAGAAGAGUAGAAAAGAAGGAGCUGUUUUGGUGCAUUGUUUUGCUGGCGUUUCGAGAAGUGCAGCUAUCAUCACAGCGUACUUGAUGAAAACUGAACAAUUAUCUCUUGAAGAUGCUCUUGAAUCUCUAAGGCAAAGCUGUGAGUCUGUUUGUCCCAAUGAUGGCUUUUUAGAACAGUUAAAAAUGUUUGAGCAAAUGGGCUUCAAGGUUGAUCAUGCUAGUCCCAUAUACAAGCGGUUUCGACUGAAAGCAUUGGGUGAGUUUUACAACCGUGGAGAGAAGAUAGACAGCUCUAAAUUUGGGGCAGAUCCUGGCAUACCCACACAAGUUUCCUCUGAGGAAGAAGCAUCUCCAAAUGCAGGGAAAAUCGGUAUUCCUGCAUACCGCUGCAAGAAGUGCCGUCGAGUAGUUGCAUUGCAGGAGAAUGUUGUGGAUCAUGUUCCAGGAGAGGGCGAGACGUCUUUUGCAUGGGGCAAGCGGAGAAGUGGCAACCCCUUUGACAAGGCUGAUGAAUCUGAGUGCUCAUCUAUUUUUGUUGAGCCUUUAAAGUGGAUGACAGCAGUUGAGGAAGGUGCGUUGGAAGGCAAGUUGUCCUGUGCUCAUUGCGAAGCUCGUUUGGGCUACUUUAAUUGGUCAGGUAUCCAAUGCAGUUGUGGGAGCUGGAUUACUCCAGCCUUUCAGCUCCAUAAAAGUCGAGUGGAUGUUAGCACUUGUUUUCUGCUAGCAAAGCCUCUCAUAGCAAUUGAUCCUUACAAAUCUGCGUAUAGCAGCAGAGAGGGAGGAAAGAAAUGGAAAUCCUUGUUUCAGUUGCAUCAAAAACUGGAUGAUGUUUGGGCAGACCUUGAUUUUGAGAAAAUGGGCAUCACAUCCUGGAAUGAUCACAAAGGGUGCAAAAUUAUGUUGACAUCCCGAAGCAGAGAUGUCCUCACGAAAGAAGUUGCAAAUGAAUGUGGGGGUUUACCACUUGCUAUUGCAAUUUUUGGAAAGGCACUUGGCGACAACGAUGAACAUGGAGUGAGUUUCGAGUUGUUUGAUGACAACAUCAAUACAGUAGAAGAAGCAAGGUAUCGAGUUCGUGCUUUAGUUGACAAGCUGAAAAUAUGCUCUCUAUUGCUGGACAGCAACAAGAACACGCAUAUCAAAAUGCAUGAUGUUGUGCGCGAUACCGCCAUAUCGAUUGCAUCAAGUGGUGAAAAUGGAUUUCUGGUAAGAUGUGAUGCUGUAAUGAGAGGGUGGCCUAAAAAGAAGAAGACAUUCAAAGAUUGCACUGCCAUUUCGCUUAUAAAUUGUGAAAUUCAUGAACUUCCUGAAGAUUUGGUGUAUCCGAAACUUAUGCUUCUACAGAUCAUAAACAUUUUUCGCCAUUCAAGUGCAAUUCCACAUAAUUUCUUUGAUGACAUGAAAGGACUUCGAAUAUUAGCUUUGGGGAAAAUGGGCAUCCUGUCUCUACCAUCAUCAGUCCAAUUUUUGAAGAACCUUCAAGCUUUGUCAAUAGAGAAUUGUGCUGCUUCUUUAAAGGACACUGACAUCUCUGCUAUUCAAGCACUGGAGAAGCUCGAAAUCCUCAGCUUUGCAGGAUCUAGUGUCCUAUCAAGUUGGUGCUAUUUAGAAGAGUUGUAUAUGGGAGACAGUUUUGAUAGAUGGGAAUCUCCAGAGGAAGAUGAAGGGAAAACCAAUGUUGGCCUUGCAGAACGGAAGUCCUUGUCUUAUUUGAUGGUUUUGGUUAUUCAUGUACCGGAAGCCAAAGCUAUUGCCUAA